AAGAAUAAGAAAAAGAACUAGAGAAAGAAAGAAUAAUAGAAAGAGAGAAGAGACGAGAAAGAAAACUGCCCCCCGCCUUCUGCAGCGUCACCCCGAGCGGCGGCGCCGACGGGGGUCAGGGCCUCGCCGCACGCUAUAUAUCGGGGGCGGAGGACCUCCCCCUCCCUCAGACAGCUCCCGGCGGAUUCCCGGGCGGGUCCGAGCUCCUGCACCUGCGUCUGUGUCUGUCUGGCUGUCCUGUCGUCCCGGUGCGAUGAUUGUGGGUGUCGUCCUGGUAGCCUUGGUCGCGGGGAUGCGGGGGGAGGCCGUCGUUCCCUCCCCCUACUUCGGGCUCAUCGGCUCUUCCGUCCCCCUCGGCUCCAAGUUCGCGUCGACCUCCCAGUACUCCUUGACGGUCCAGCACGGCGCCGCCCCGCACGCGAGCCCCGUCUCAGCGCCCCUCAAGCGGGAGAAGUCGGUGAAGUUCGAUGUUGACGACACGACUCUGUACCGCGAGGACGUGGGCGACGGGCCCUCGACGCGCGAGGAAGGCUCCGAGGAGGUCCAGCGGCAUCGGGAAGGUCUUGGCAAGUCGAGUCGUCCCUUCCACCCUCGAAUCGAUUCUGCUCUUCCUCCGCAGAGGGCGCGAGUGAGGGUUCCUUCUGUUCCGAAGGUGGAGACGCCGACAGUCGUCCCUACCGCCCUUCCAGUCCAGGCGCAGGUUGUCCCCGUGUCUCCGGCCAGCGUGAGGGUCAUCGUCCCGGUGGUUCCUGCGGCGGUGUCGCCCUUGGUCACUCCCGCGCCCCCAGUGGCAGUCCAGCACGAGGUGGUGAAGCAGCAGUUCCAUGCCCAGGACGAGCUCGGCCGCUACGCCUUCGGGUACAGCGGCGGCCCGUCGUCCCGCGCCGAGACCCGCGACGCCCUGGGUCACGUCCGGGGCUCCUUCAGCUACGUGGAUCCGCACGGGAAGAUCCAGUACCAGCACUAUGUGGCCGACGACCACGGCUUCAGGAUCACAUCCGCCUCUAACUUGCCACAGCGAAGGCGUAGACGCUCCCCAGAAGCUCAAGAGGACCAGAAGGCUCCGGAAACCCACGCAGCAGGCAAGGCACGCUCACAUAAAGCUCAUUCAGGGACCGGAUCUCAGGCUGUCACUCUCAGUCAAUUUAGCACCCACCCGGGGACGCCAAGUCAGUCGCCAUUCGCACUCCAGCGCUUCCUAACUGCCCAACCCAGCUCAGUCGCCCAGCCAGCUAACUUGCCUCAUUCAGAUAUUCUAGCUCAUCCUGGCUUCUCUCAAAGCGGCAUCUUUGUCCGCCCACGGGGUGAAAUUCAGUCAGCUAAUUCGGCUCGUUCAAAUCUUGCUCACUUGGAGCCUGUGGUUCAGACGGGCCAUGGAACUGGUCAGAGUUCCCUGUCUCUCCCGGGCAGAUUUGCUCACCAACUUACCCCGGUUCCCGUCGGCUUUGGGGGCCAGCCGGUUAAUCCUGCCCGCCAAGGCGCCACGUCCUUCCAGAAUGCCGCAUUCCAGGGUGCCGUAGCCACCCCGAGCAACGUAGCCUUCCAGGGAGCAGUGAGUAGUCCAAGUACCACAGCCUUCGUAGGUUCCGUACCCAAUUCACAUAGCAUAUCCCUUCAGGGUCCACUGGUUCACCAGGACACCGCAGCACAAUCACCGUUUGUCGCCGUCCCAGGUUCCGGGACAUCUGCAGUGUCUACUGGCACUGUCGGCACGUUUGGCCUUCCUAGUACUCACGGUUUUGCUAGUCAGAGUGCCCUCUUCGGAAACCAGGCGUCCCUCACCGCACCUGGGUCCUUUACCCCCAGUGGCGCCACAGGCUUCCCCAGCGGCGAUGUCGCACUCUUCGUGGCUUCCGACUUCCUUCAGGGCAGCCGCGCAGACGCCGUCGCCCCAACAUCCGGCGGCAGGGUGCGUCAUCCCAGCCCCGCCCAGGGGAUUCUGGGAGGCCUCGGGAGAGUUUCUGGCACUCCGGGGCUUCUGACCUCCGCUUCUGGCACUCCAGGCAUCUUCGACGUCUUGGGCACCCAGGGCAACUCCGGCUUUUCCUAUGGAUUCGAGGAAAGUCCUACAUCUGUACAAACUUUCGGGAGUCACUUCAACCCUGGACGGCAAUAAAAAGGAGAUCAUAUUAAACUAUUCUACCCUCUGCAAUAGGUGAUUAGUAGCAUAGGUUACUAAUCACCUAAUCCACCUGUUUCAGAAUCAAAUUUGUACUUGAAGCUUUCUUUUGGUGAAUGAGUCGUUUAGAAAGAUAGAGGGAGG